AUGCGCACACCUGAGAGUGGCACGGCUGCCGUCUACGCCCGGGCGGAGGAGGCGCGUUGUGGGGGUUUGGGUGUUCGCCAAGUGCCGUCGUUUGAGUUGUACAAAUGUGCGCGGGAGGAGGAGCUCGGGUGCUACCGGGCCCUCUGCCGGGUGUACGCGAUGCACACUGGCGGGGCCCUCAGCCGCCAGCAGCGGCGGGUCCUCGAGGACUUGCAGGAGGACCUCCACAUCCCACCGGCCCGCGCCGCGGCGGAGUGGCAGGCCGCCACCGCAGACGCCGUCGUCAAGGGAAUCGCCAACUCGGGGAUUCUCCGCCGCCGAGAGGACUUCUUCGACGGCGUGAAGGAUAUUCCAUUCGAUAGCCCUAGUAAUAGUAAUAAUAAUAAUAAUAAUAAUAAUAAUAAUAAUAACAGUGCACAGUCGGCGAUGUUUGGCUACGCCCAGGAUGAUCGAGCCACGCUCUACUUGCCACACACGAAGGUAGCACGUACAGAGCAGGAAGUGGGAACAGCAGGUGGGGGAAACAUCGCAGGACGGCGAGGGGCACCCCAGAAAAUUUCAAAUGCUGUACUUCUCAAAACUGUAGAAAAAAUUGGGCAUGAGAUUUCAGUUAUAGGUAAUAAGCUGCUCUACGCUGUCUCCGAAGCUGACCAAGAAACGUAUAGAGACGCCCUAAUGACAAAGAGGGAAAAACUGCAGGCACUCUUAAAAGAUGUGGAAGGUAACACAGGAGAUGCAUCAGGAAAUUCCAGUGUCAUUUAUUCUGAACAUGUAUCCUGA